AAAUUUUAUUGUUUUAUAGUAAACUUAUUUAUACUUCAAUUUUAGUUUUAAUUUGUAGAUAUUCUUUACUAGAGCAAGGAAAUAUAAUUGGAAAGAAACAUGGAAUCAAUAGAUAUCAUUAGAGAACUUGAAAAUGCAGCUGUUGUAGUCAUGGCUCCACCGACUGCAGUAUCAUCUGAGGAAAGGCAUAAUGCUGAACAGAUUUUCUUACAAUUUCGUAAAACAAGAACUCCGUAUGAAUUAGGAAAAAAGAUUCUCGAAACUUGCAAAGUUGAUUAUGUAUUAUUUGAAGCAGCUGUAACAAUAAAAGAAGCUAUUAUCCGUGAAUGGGCAUUACUGAAAAAAGAGGAUAUUGAUUCAUUAUGUUCUUUCCUAUUAUGUUGUGCAAUGGAAAGAGCAGAUUUGCAACACUAUGUUCGUGAGCAGUUGCUACAAGUUAUUGCCAUUGUUUUUAAACUUGGAACAUUAGAUGAUAUUGAUGCUCGUUUAAAAUUAGUUGAUGGAUUAAAACAACUGCUAGCAAGUGGGAAUGUGGCAAUGGAGUUAACCUGCAGUUCAAUAAUAAAAGCUUUAUUAACAGAAUAUUCUAUUACAAAACAAUCUACAAAUUUUGGAAUGAGUUUAGAAUUUCAUUCUAAAUGUAAAAAGUCAUUUGAGACUAAAGAUCUUUUAACAAUCUUUAUGAUGACAAUUCAAACUCUUCAGAAGUACGCCAAUAAAGAAAUAAAAUCUCUAACUCGACAAGAUCAAGCAGUUUUUAACAGAUUCUUAUCUUUAGCUGAGCAAAUAUUUCAUUGGGAGUUCUUAUGUGGAAAUCCUCUUUCUCAACUUCGAAUUCCAUGUUUAAAUGAAACUAUGCAAAAAGUGAUUUUUAAACCAAACAAAAGCUGGCAAGAGAUAAUUCUAAAUCCUAGUUUACUGGAACUUUUUUUUAAGUUACAACUUAUAAGCAUAAGUCAUAGUGAAUUAUCUCACCAUUGCAUGCAAUGUCUUGUGCAACUUGCUUCAGUUACUGGAGCAGUUUUCAGUUCAGAUGAGCACUCAGUUAAUUAUCUUGCUAAAUAUAUGACAUGCUUAUUGUCAAUAAUUAAUGUACAUCAUUGGAGUGGUCAUGAGGCACUUGGUUUAUCAAAUAUAUUUUUUCGAAUUGCAGACAUUUUCCCAAUUAAAAUACUAAUAUUAAUUCCUAGGGAGUUACUUUUUCAGUUUUUUGAUGGAAUGACCUUUCUUACAUGUUCCUUUUUAGAGGCGUCAGUGCAUGCAGAGGACGAUUUUGACAAUGAAUAUGGUGAAGCUGCAAAUAUACUACUAGAUGGAUGGAUGUCACUUGUAUCUCAUGCAGAUAAUUUUCCGAAUGGAGUUUUUGUUGAGCAUAGCCUGAAGAUUGUCAGCAUAUACUUAAAUGUUCAUCUAGCGCCACCACAUGGAAUUAGAAAACCAGAAAAUAUUACCAAUGAAAUUGAUUGCGACCUUGUGGAAAUUGAUAGAAUUGCUUAUGUUGACGAAUUAUCAAAUAUUGGUCACCUUGCUCGUCAAUGCUUAAUGCAUAUAUUACCUGUACUUCAUGAAAAAUUUCAAGUUCGCAUUCAGCAACUGAAUAAACUGCUUCAGAGUGUUAAACAAGCUGAUAAAAUAUUUGAUAGAAAUAACGCCACAAGUUUGUUUGAAGAUCUGCAUUGGCUGCUUAUGGUCACAUCAUUUAUAUUGACACAUAACGAUGUAAGUGAAAGUCCACAAAUACCAUCAGAAGUAAUAGAUUUUACAAAACAUUUCCUAACAACCCAAUGUAAUAGUAUUGGGCACUCAGUAAACUACUUGAUGUCUGAAGGCAACGAGGGGGAUAUUCACCAAGUUGAUCCAGUCAUUUCAUUAUUUAAAUCUGUAGUAAACUUGAUAAAAAUUCAAAUGGAAUUUUCAAAAAGCAGUUUGACUCAUUUACUCAGUCCUGAACUUGCUUCAACUUCACUUUGGUUUUUAAAAAGAUGGACUCAAGGUUAUUUAUCUUACAGUGAAGUCUUUGAUACAGACCAAACACUCUCUGCAUGUUUCAAGUCACAUAGUAGUUGUGGAAUGUUUUUUGUGAAGCUAGUUUUAGAUGUCGUUUUAGUUUUCUUAAGUGCUUGGUCUGCUGAACCUCAGACAACAGAUGAUGCAGUAAAAUUGUUGAUACAGCUUCUUUCAAAUAAAAGUCGAAUGGAUGUAUGUUUAUCAUUUCCAACUAUUCAUUUAUUAGCUGAAAAAUUUGUUAAUAACACACCUGAUAUUGUCUCUCUUACCCCAUCUGUAAAUCGACAACUUGUUCAAGCAUUAAUGAGAGCUUAUUCAACUUCUGAGAACAAUUCAGAAAAGCCAAUGGUUCACAACAAAAUUCUUCUCUCUAUUGUUAAUCGUUAUAAAGAGUUGCGUUCCAACCCACAGUUCAUGCAAAUAUCACAACAACCAGCUGUACGAGAAACAAUUGUACAAACAUUUGAAUGUAUUCGUGGUUUGACAAUUGCUAGCACAACAGAAUUUGGGAACUUGUUGUUUGAAGAGAUACUCCCAAUAUUGCAAGAUGCUGUAAAACUGUUUCAGCUUUACAAUAACUUUGUGGAGAUAAUAGUUGUUAUUUUAGAGAUGUUUCUUGAUGUGGUUGAGUCUUUGCUAUGUGUCUUGAACAAAACAAGUUCAAACUUAUUAUGUAAAGUAUGCAUAGAUAUGAUGACAGAAUACUCAAAAUUUAAUUUAGGCAAGCAGGUAAUUGAUUCUACUUCUGAAGAAGACAAGUAUGCAGAUAUUUUGUUGUUGAUGCGAAUUCUAACACGAAUACUCUCUAAAGAUUAUCUUGAUUUAGGUCCUGAUGAUGACAAGCACAGUGAAGCCACUAGUAUUGUUGAAGUUGUUUUGUUUGGUUUACAUUUAAUUAUUCCUCUAAUUAAUCAGGAACUAAUGAGGUUUCCAAAUCUCAGUAGUGAAUACUUUAAACUUGUGACAUUUGUAUGUGAAGUUUAUCCUGAGAAAAUGAAAAUUUUACCAGAUGUAUUGUUUCGUAACUUUAUGGCAUCUAUUCAAAUGGCUGUCGAUGAUUAUUCACCUGAUACAGCUAAAUGUGCAUUGGAUGCAUUGAGCUCACUUGCUAAGUACUGUUAUAACGAAUGUGAUACUAAAGAUCCUGUUAAUCAGCCAUUAUACUCUGCCCUAAAAGAAUUUCUUAAGGUUGUUUUUCGAAAUGUUGUGCUAGCUCAAUUUGAUGUUGAUUUAAUUGAGCCUUCAUCAGAAUGUUUGUUUCUACUUAUAUGUUGCCAUCAAGAAGAAUAUUUAAUGCUAGCCAAUGAUCUUAUUGCUCAACAGCACGUGACUAAUGAAACUUUCAGAUUAAAACUGACUGAAGCCUUUAACAUUUUGACACCUAAUAAUUUAAAACUUUCUCCUAAUCGCCAAAGUUUACGGCAGUUCCGUAAAAAUUUAGAGGUUUUCUUGCAAAAUGUAAAAGGAUUUCUCUGCUUCAAAUAAAGAUCAAUUGUUAUGGUAACAUACGAGUAUUGAUGCAAUGAUAUCAAAACCUUUGCAUAUCUCAUUGAUAUAUUUAAUGUAUAUCUACAGUGCAAAUCCACUUCAGCAACAUCGGUAAUUAUUUAUUUCAUCUCCGCAAUCCGCUAGUGGCAUUCGAUACUAAAGAAUUUGAGAAAUUUGUUUAGAGUAGUUUCUACUUUACAUUAAAUAGAUAUACAACAAUAAAUUUACUAGAUAAA